GCCAACUAACUGCUACAGUUCAUAAAAAAAUCUUCACAAAUCUCCCAGAUCUGCUCUUACCUCUCAUUUCGCCCAUCCCAAGCUAGGCAUUUCUAAAUAUCAAGGAGAAACAAAAAGAAUUGUGAAUACUAUGAUGGCCUCAGAGAGGGAAGUUUUUGGUCUUUCAGGGCCCUUACACCUCAAUAAUAUAGACUGGAAUAAUUCACAUCAUAGAAGAUCAGUUGCAGCCAGUUUGGUUGAGGGUGUCUAUAUCUUGGAGCGAGACCGUCAGGAAAAGCGAGAGGGUUCUCAAGCUCUGGCUCCUCCAUGGUGGGAGUUCUUUCAUUUUAAGUUGGUUCGUAAGCUUGUUGAUGAUGCUGAUUUUGCCGUCUUUGGUGCUAUUUAUGAGUAUAAGCCUCCAUCGUCUCAUUUUAAUGACUCGAUAGUCUUGAUCGAUCGAAGUCCCCGCUAUGUGAUUGCGUUUCGAGGUACCAUAACUAGACCAGACUCAUUCACUAGAGACUUUGAGUUGGAUGUCCACAUAAUACGAAAUGGGCUACACCAGACCUCUCGGUUUGAGAUCGGCAUGCAAGCUGUUCGAAACAUGGUUGCUACCGUAGGUGAAAAAAAUGUCUGGUUAGCUGGCCAUUCCCUGGGGGCAGCCAUGGUAAUGCUGGCUGGAAAGACCAUGGCUAAGAUGGGAAAUUUUUUGGAAGCUUUCCUCUUCAAUCCUCCAUUCUUAUCCGCCCCGAUAGAGAGAAUCAAAGAUAAGAAAGUGAAACAUGGACUUCGAAUCGCAGGCAGUGUAAUCACAGCAGGACUUGCUCUUGCUGCAAAGGGUAAGAAUCCAAGGACUCGUCAGUCCGAAGGUACAUUUGCAGCUUUGUCUGCAUGGACACCAUCACUAUUUGUGAAUCCCGCAGACCACAUUUGCUCCGAGUAUGUCGGUUAUUUCGAGCACCGGAAAAAGAUGGAAGAAAUCGGAGCAGGGGCCAUCGAGAGAUUAGCAACACAACAUUCAUUAGGAGGUCUGUUUAUGAGUGUAGUUGGAAAGGGUGCAGAAGUUGCAGAGCCACUGCAUCUGCUUCCUUCAGCAAACUUGACAGUGAAUCUGAGUCCUUCAAAUGAUUUCAAGCAAGCACAUGGGAUUCAUCAAUGGUGGAGACCUGAUCUGAACUUGAAGUCCAAUGUUUACAAGUUCAAAUAGUUUGCCUUAUACAGCUUUAUCUUUUAUAUGUGCCAUUAGAGGAGUCCUUUAGUGGUUCCUAUUGCUGUGGAUUAAGAAAAACAUAUGUAU